AGGAUGUCGUUUUGAACUGAUAGCACAAGAGUAUAUCCGUCAAUUAACACCACAUUAUCACGAAAAACAGAAAAUGGCUUCUGCUCUCUUUUCAGCUCCUAUCCUCCUUCCUUCACAGAGAAGGGAAAGGCGGCUAUAUGCGAGGAGUCGCAGUAGCUCAUUUUAUGGGAAAGUGGUAUAUAAUCAAAGUUUUUUGAGAAGAGAAAUUGGUAGCAUCCGUGGAGGCAGCUUUGUGAUCGCCUCUGUGGUCAAGAACAGAGAGACUGUGAUUCCUGAACCUGAUUAUCGAAUUCCAAGUGUAUUACUUGGUCUAGCUAGCGGAUUAGCUUAUACUGGUAAUUUAUUACCUGCUGCGCCUGUUGGUCUCCUUGGAUUAUUGCUGCUUUUCCAGACUACGCGAGUGAGAUUUGUCUUUGAUGAUGAGGCUCUGGAAGUCAAAGUAGGGGAGCAGCUUGAUGAUUCAGGUGAAAAUGUCUUUGUAGGGGGAAAAAACCGUUGGAAAUACUCAACAUUUGUGAAUUGGGAGCUUUGGUGGCCAAAUUUCCCCAUUCUGGUGUAUUUUAAGGAAAUACAAACAAAGCCGGAAGGACAAGUUCACUUCUUCCCAGUAAUUUUUAAUGGCAAGCAACUAUACGAUGUUAUGGUGGAGAGAGCCGGCCCUUCACAAACUAGUGGACCAAAAUAAUCUUAGUCUGGGCUAUCACUGCAAGGGCACAAACAUCAAAUUAUUAGGAUCUGAAAUGCCUUGCUUCUCUUUGAAACUACAUAUGUUUUACUGCAUCUGGACACUGAAACAGUAGGGUCAAUCAAUAAAAUAAGAUCAGGUACAAUUGUUAUGGUCAGUUACGUAAAGUGUCUAUGAUUUACAAAAAAAUCAAAUCUGUAAAUACGCUGAGAUUUGUAGGUGUUGUAAAAACAUUUCCUCGUCUGCACUUAAUUAUGUAAUUUAUUCAUGUAAUACAAAUUUAUGGUGCCAACCUGGUUACUGUGUUCGAAA